GAAACUUCCAGGUAUUACCACUUUGUUGCUUGUGACCAAGCUAAACUCUGAAAAAGGAAGCCAGAAGGCUGGUGACCUUGAGAAAGGCAAGGUUUUCAUUCCAUCAUGAAUUAUGGAAAUCCUCCACCCUACUCGGAUCCAGGCCCAACUGCCCCAUAUCCACCAUAUAUGCAGCAACCAGGUAGCUCUCAAGCAUAUCCUCCUGCUGGGCCUUAUCCUGCUGGGCCUCCAGGGCCUUAUCCACCCCCUAAUACAGGGUAUCCAUACCAAGGCUAUCCACAGUAUGGCUGGCAGGGUGGACCACCUCCAGAAGCUCCCAAAACAACAGUAUAUGUAGUGGAAGACCAAAGAAGGAAUGACACAGGCCAAGUUUCCUGCCUCACAGCUUGCUGGACUGCUCUCUGUUGCUGUUGCCUUUGGGACAUGCUCACUUGACCAUUCUCAACCUCUUCUUACCUGAAGGCUUUGAAUCCUCAGAUGAUGGAGUUCUGAGUCCUGAUCUCUUUCUCUUGCUAUAAUGAAUGAUGACAGGUUCUGCACAAACAUCUCAAUUACAGCCUAAUGGAAUCCUAGAUUGUAGUGAUUUUUGCCAUUUAAGUUAGUGACAUGAUCUUUUUAAUGUUCAUUUUCUAUUUUUUUGUUGUUGUUGAACUUUAACAAAUAUGCUAAAUGAUUUUUUUCGCCAGAGGCUUGAAUAUGAAAUUUAUAUUUAUCAUAUUAAAUUGUACUGUUUAUGGUGGUGGCAAAAUAUGCAACAAUACAAGCCACUGAAUGAUUUCUUUCCUAACUCCUUAAUUAUGUUUCGAUAUUCCCUUGUCAAUAAAAAUUUUCAAAAUUCAAAGACCA